UUCCGAGAACAGUGCAGGCAGCCUCUCUGAUAAGUCAGAGGCAGCAGUUAGCUGCUCUUUAUAAAAGUCCCUGAAACUUUGCACACUUCCUCACUGGGCUAGCAGCUCCUCAGAAAAGAUGAAGCUCGUUUACAGGAUUUUGCUCCAGACAGCUCUGCUGCUAUUUACAAAUGGCCCUGCAGCGACAGAUGAUAGCACAGACAGCGCCAGAGAAGAAGAACUGAUUGGUGCUUGUCCAAUAAAGCUCAAAAGCAGCGGGGAAUGUGAUGGAGAGGAAUGCCCGUAUCGGAUAACCUUGCCUCCAAUGACCAUCCAGCUGCCCAAGCAGUUUCGGCUGAUUGAGAGAACGCUCAAAGAAGUGCAGAACCUGAAGGAAGUUGUAAACAAGAUGAAGAAGUCCUGUGAAGACUGCAAGCUGCAGGCAGAUGAGAAUCUAGAAAAAGACAGCAAUGAAUUCCUGCCACCUGGCACAGACGCGCCAGUCGACAACAGCAAAAUACAAGAUAACAGAGUAAAAGAAUUGCAGAACAAGGUUUCCAGGCUGUCAGCCAGCCUGAAGAAUGCAAAGAACCAAAUCCAUUCUUUGCAGAAUCAGCUGGAGCACAUGAACCUCAUAAACAUGAACAACGUGGAAAGCUAUGUGGACAGCAAAGUAGCCAAUUUGACAUUUGCUGUGAACAAUCUCGAUAAUAAAUGCUCUUCAAACUGCCCAGCCACGCAACCACAACCAGUUAUACAGAUUCUGCAAGGAGACUGUUCCAAUUAUUACGCAGCAGGCAAACUGCGUAAUGGACUCUACAGAAUUACUCCUGAUCCAAAGCAUGACAGCUUUGAUGUUUACUGUGAGAUGGAAUCUAUGGGAGGCGGCUGGACAGUGUUCCAAAUGCGUCAGGAUGGCAGCACCAGCUUCAACAGAACAUGGAAAGAAUACAAGCAUGGCUUUGGAAACCGGAGUAGAGAAUUCUGGCUAGGGAAUGACAAAAUUCACCUUCUGACCAAAAGCAAGGAGAUGCAGCUCAGGAUCGAACUUGAGGAUUUCAACGGAGUCAAAGAAUAUGCAAAAUACGAACAAUUUUAUGUGACCAAUGAAUUUCUCAAAUACCGCUUAAGUAUUGGCAGCUACAGUGGUACAGCGGGGAACGCCCUGCAAUUCUCCAAACAUUACAACCAUGACCAAAGGUUCUUCACUACCCCAGAUAGAGACAACGACAGGUAUCCAUCAGGAAACUGUGGAGCGUACUAUAGCUCUGGGUGGUGGUUUGACGCAUGCUUGGCGGCUAAUCUCAAUGGCAUAUAUUAUCACAAAAAAUACAAAGGUGUUCGCAAUGGGAUUUUCUGGGGCACCUGGCCUACAGCUUCGGAUAAUAGUCUAAAUGGUUACAGACAACCUUUCAAAAAGGUCAGAAUGAUGAUGAGACCCAAAGUCUUUGUGCCAUGAAUUAGUCACUUCUCAAUAUUGACACUUUUCUCCAGUAUCUGAGUGCAAUUUUAAAAA